AUCAUAUACAUUCCGGAUCUAUACAGAAAAUAAGAGGUACAAUUCAACCAGUUAUGACAGUGUAGCAACAAGCUGUAAAACUAAAGCUAAAAUGUCAGAGCCACCAACGAAGCUUGACAUAUCUAAUGUUACAAGUCGUAGUUUUGAUAUUUCCUGGAUGAAACCUACAGAAACAUACAGUGCAGAGAACUAUGGUUAUGUUCUACAGAUUAAGGAUGAUCAGGAUAAAUGUGUGAUAGAGAUUAUCUAUAGAUGUUCCGACUGUACUGGCAGGUUUCAGAUUUCAAACUUGAAUGGUUUGUGCAGUUUUACAGUUCGAUCAACGAUAGACAAGACUAAGCAACAAUUAGAAGGUCAGUUGUCAUAUCUCGCAACCCUUAACCCAGAUAUUGCUUAUACUGUGACUGUUACUGCUAUAAAUGAUGGAGGAAGAGGAUAUCCUGCUAACAAGACAGAAAGAACUCUAGAAGAAGCUCCACAGAGCCCUCCAUACAAUGUGGAAGUAAGUGAUAUUGAAACCACAUCAUUUAGAGUGUCUUGGGAGAUGGAUGAACCUAGACCCGGACAGACCAACUUCACAAUUACCGUAUAUGCUGAUAAACCAGCUACAACAAAAGAAUUCUCAAUAAAAGGUUUUACCACAAGAAGCUUCGUUGCUCAGGGUUUAGAAGAGUACUGGAGCUACAGUGUGACUGUGACAGCCGCUACAUCAGUAGGUGCUAAAACAUCUGAUGCAACACUGCAAUACAGGACCCUACCAGCUGCACCAGGAAAGGUUUCCAAUUUUGAGAUAACAGCCGCUCCUGGUGGAAAUUAUGCAAAAAUGCAGAUUUCCUGGAAUGCCCCUGAUAUAUUGCAAAGGAAUGGUGUUAUAAAAGAUUAUAGCUUGAUAUAUUUUUCUUCAAAAUUCAAGAAUACACCGGUGAAGAAGAUUUUGGCACAUACGUUUGUAGAAUAUCAUAUGUACACAGCAACUGUAGAUGUAGUACCAGGGGAGAUAUAUAGUGUUGAGGUUUAUGCUACAAAUGAACAAGACUUGAAAGGUGCAAGUACGACAAAAUUUAUUCAAGCACCUACUAAAGAAAAAUCUAGGACAGGCUCUGACUGUGACGGCGCCAAAAACUCGAUUAUUAUAGGCAUUGUACUAGGAGCAUUGCUUUUAAUUGUGUCUAUAUAUGCUGGGUACGCGACACUUGUGAUCAGAAGAUAUAAAACGAAACAAGAGUUUCCCGAGUCAAGCAAGGCAAGGACGAAAGAGCGCAGAGGUCCAAUUUAUGGUAACGAAACGUUCAUGAUUGGCGAAACAGAAGAAAUUGAUUCCUCUGACCCAGCAGCAGUCAGACAUUCUGAAACAGAAUACACCAGAUUGGAUGACAAUACAAAAGAUGACAAGGGAACAUAUGAUAUUAUCCAAGCUAUGUAAAAUGGCCGACGAAUUCGUGACUAUACCUAAAGAAAUGAGAACGCACAUAGGGUCAAUCAUUACUUUAUUGUAUGAUAAUUUCUGGAUCGGAUCGGAAGGCAACUACUUUGACUUAGUUAUAUGAAGAUGGGCUUUUCUGUUUGAUAUCCCGUGUUUUUUAACCAGUUCGACUUGAAUGCAAAUUUCCAAAGACCGAACAAUGUUCGUAAUCGGUGUGCUGAUUUGUCAGAUAAAUAACAUUUUUGUUUGUCAAAAGCUGAUAUCUGAUAUGUCUGUCUUUGAUAAUUUUCUUCUUUUCUCCUCCUGAAGCGAGUUUCUGUAUGUGAUCAUUGCACAGAGAAGUGUAGCGCUUAAAAUGUAUAUACUUAUUUCAUUGGAUAAAAGUAAAAAUAAACAUCAAUUCACGCACGGCUUACAAUAGAGUUUAGUGCUAGACAGUUUGAAAGCAAAAGUGCUAAAUUAAAGAGUGGAUAUUUAGAUAUUGUUUGUACAUGGACAUUUCCAAUAGUCGUUGUAUAUGAUGAACCUGCGUUAGUACGGGUGAUGGCUGUCGAACAAUAUAGAGGAACUCUCUCUUUCUUGCUAUAUUUUCCUCUUUGUCGAUUUACGAUUAUUUUUCAAUCAUUAAAACAACUUAUUUUAGUGAAUCUAUGAUGUGUAUCUAAUCUCAGUUCAAAGUUAUUUUUGUCACCUUGUAAACAUUUUUUUCUCAGAUUAUCUCACUCUCUUUUCGUCCCUCUCUCGAUCAGUUUAUAGUUAAAAUGUUAUUCAUAGACAUAUGAGAUGUUUACAGUCUGUUAAUUUGACUUCAUGUUUGCUAAUGUUGGUAUUACUCGUGGCCCAAUCCAUUUGUUUAUGUUACUUUUGUGUUCAUAGUAUUGUUUAUAUGCCUAUAUAACAAAUGCUAUAAAAUACUAUUAAACUAUUUAAUCCUAAAUUCAAA